UGACUUUCCCCCAAAACUCUUUCUACGUCUAACAAUGGAGGAUCUUGAUCCAACCUAUAUCCAAGCACCAGAGCAUAGAUCAGAUUCAAAUUUCAUCCCUAACCAACCCGAAGAAAUACCUGUGAUCGAUCUAUCGCGCCUCGAUGACCCCGAAGAUGUCCAAAACGUUAUCUCAGAGAUCGGUGAUGCUUGUGAAAAAUGGGGAUUUUUUCAGGUGAUUAAUCAUGGUGUGCCUUCUGACGCAAGGCAACGUGUAGAGAAGACUGUGAAGAUGUUUUUCGAUUUGCCUAUGGAAGAGAAGAUAAAGGUGAAGAGAGACGAAGUGAAUCCUGUAGGGUAUCAUGAUGGAGAACACACCAAGAACGUUAAAGAUUGGAAAGAAGUGUUUGAUAUUUAUUUCAAAGAUCCAAUGGUUAUUCCUUCUUCUACAGAUCCUGAAGAUGAAGGUUUACGACUUGUUUACAACAAGUGGCCUCAAUCUCCUUCUGAUUUCAGGGAGGCAUGUGAAGUAUAUGCAAAACACGCUGAAAAAUUAGCGUUCAAGCUCUUGGAACUGAUUUCAUUAAGCUUAGGCUUACCAAAAGAGCGUUUUCAUGACUACUUCAAAGAACAAAUGAGUUUUUUCAGGAUAAAUCGUUAUCCACCGUGUCCAAGACCUGACCUAGCUUUAGGUGUUGGUCACCACAAAGAUGCAGACGUUAUUAGUCUAUUGGCUCAAGAUGAAGUUGGAGGAUUACAAGUGAGUCGUAGAUCGGACGGUGUUUGGUUUCCGAUUAGACCCGUCCCUAAUGCUCUUGUCAUCAAUAUAGGCAAUUGUAUGGAGAUUUGGACGAAUGAUAAGUAUUGGAGUGCUGAACAUAGAGUGGUGGUGAACACAACAAGAGAGAGAUACUCAAUACCAUUCUUCUUGCUGCCUUCACACGAUGUGGAAGUGAAGCCAUUAGACGAGAUUGUGAGUCCUGAAAACCCUCCAAGAUACAAAGGCUAUAAAUGGGGCAAGUUCUACGUCAGUAGGAACAGAAGCGAUUUUCGAAAACUGGAAAUCGAAAACAUCCAGAUCGAUGACUUUAAAGUUAAAACUUAAUAUACUAUGUGUCGAUUGUUUUUUUACCAAGCUAUGAUAUUAAUCAAAUAAUGUGUGUGGGACUGAAUUUGUGUCGGAGACAAUAAAUUUGAUAGUAGCUUUUUGUGUAUUGGAAGUGGCAAUUAUUAAGAGAGAGUAAUAUUUCACCGGAUUAAAAAGUGUUUACAAGU